CACAUUUUCGCGGACUACUCUACAUAACAUUAUCAGCGUUUAUGGCCACUGACUUAUUAACCAAUGAUGUUUGGGUCGCUCUGUGGCAGGACACACCCGAACACUGAAAACCCACUGCACCACCACUGGUGGACAGGCUGAGAGAAGGGUGAGGAAAAUAUCAUGGUCAUGGACAUGUCCUCAACAACUUGAAGAAUAGAAUCGGUGAAAGCGCUUAAUUUCACGACUACAAUCUGGGUAAUUCCAAGAUGGACAAAUAUCUGUCACCUCAGAAUAUCCCAGACACCAGACAGCCAUCUUUAACAGAGGACCUUGGUUCCCCAUACAGCAUCAACAUGAGUCUCCUCCUACCUGACGUUACCUACCUGUGCCCCAGCCUGUGUCGGGCUAUGAGACCCAUCAAGACAGAGCCUCUCUCCCACUCCCUCAUCCAUCCCAGUUGCCAGUGCAACCCUGGUCCAACAACCCUUCCAGAACACCGUGGGCUAUAUGGCGCUUCGACAAACACAGGAAGUAGUCUGUUUAUUAAACAGGAAAUUCCCUCCCUGGACUUCCCAGACAUUCCGUUCUUCCAGCUGUUGAACUCUGAGCUGGAGCAGCUGGUGCCCGAUCACCAGGUGAACAGCAACCUCCAUAGUAGGGUCCCUAUGUCCUCCUUGUCGGUCCCUUUCAGCAACGUCCACAUACCAUCCCCCCAGAUUGUUGUGAAAUCUAUGGGAAGCCCACAAAAUUUGGGCAAUCGUCUGAUAACCCAGUUUGCAAGCCAUUCGCAGCAGCGACCAGACUAUCUUCCUCCGUCCCCGCCUAACUCUGAGCCAGAGAGCCCAGACAGAGGGAAAGAGCUGAUCCAGAAUCGUUCUCCGCCUUCAUCUUAUGCAGCCAGUAUUGCUUUGAAACUAAGACCUGUUCUUAGGCCAGUCCCAAGUUCUGGUCUAGGAUCAGUUCCGAGCAAAUGUCUUAGAUCAAUUCAGAGUCCAGGUCUUGGACAAAGCCAAAGUUCUAGUCUUGGAACAGGCCAGAACUCUGGUGUUGGGCCAGUGUCCCCAACGUUGGCUCAAUCGGUUCCAGAGAGGUUUAACCACAGGAAUAACACUGACCUGGAGAGGAGGAGGAUACAUUACUGUGACAUGGCAGGUAGUCUCAAUUCACUAAAGCAGGGUUCCCAAACUGGCGGCCCGUGGGCCGAAUUUGGCCCGUGGGUUGUUUUAUGUGGCCCUCCCCAUGUUUUCUGAGCAUAGAAAAUAAGUACACUGCACAAAAAAUAAAGGGAACAC